AGAAGCUCUUUUAUAUCACAGGCGAAAAUGCUGCACGUGUCUUGCGCAAAAAUAGAACUGCAAUUCGAAAGGCGAAAAGAAUCAAACAAAAAGCGCAGAAAUCUGGAAAGACCUGUAAACAAUGCUAGUCAACUGGAAAAACCGUCAAGAUUAGAAUUUCUGUUGGAAUUACCAAGAUUACCAAAGGAAUUACAGGCGUUGCAUGCUUGGAAUAAUGAAGAUCGAUCAUUAAAUGUUUUCGUUAAGGAUGAUGAUCCUUUUACGUUCCAUAGACAUCCAGUAGCCCAAAGUACGGACUGUAUAAGGGGGAAGAUCGGUUAUACAAAGGGAAUUCAUGUCUGGCAAAUACAUUGGCCCAUUAAACAAAGAGGAACGCAUGCCGUUGUCGGCGUUGCUACGAAAGAAGCCUCUUUACAUUGCGUUGGUUAUCACUCGUUAAUUGGGUCUGGUACGGAUUCUUGGGGUUGGGAGUUGGGAAGAAAUCGCUUAUUACAUGGUUCAAAGACUCCUGUUGGUUCUUAUCCUUGUCAAAGUAAUUUUGUAGCCGCCAAUAGCGUUCAAGUUGUUCUCGAUAUGGAUGAGGGAACGCUCUCGUUUCUGUCAGGGGGGAAAUUUCUCGGAAUUGCCUUUAGGAAUUUAAAGGGAAAAACCUUAUACCCAGUCGUCUCGGCCGUCUGGGGGCACUGCGAAAUUUCCAUGCAUUAUCUGGCCGGUUUAGAUGCGGAACCUAUGCCAUUAGCCGACUUGUGCCGAAGGAUUAUAAGAAAGAGUAUCGGUAAAAAGAAUAUGGAAGAGAGAGUUCAAUCCUUAACAUUACCAGCCAGAUUGAAGAAUUUCGUCUUGUAUUCCUGA